AACAUUAUUUCAAUAAUAUUUCUGAGACAAGUGACCUUAAGUAGAUGUCUGCAACUGCUUGAAACGGUCAUCAAGUUCGUCAAAUUUUUACACGUUAAUACCACGUUCGAUGUAUAGGCAGCGCUAGUGUCACGUGACACCUGCUGCAGUCGCGUCUGAAGCGUAUCGCGCGUCGGUCACGUAGGCUGGUUUUCUAUCAAUUGCCUGAUAAGAUUGUAAUUAUUGUCAGUGUUGAUUAUUGUAAUUUCGCGUAUUACCUGUUAAUUGGUGCAACGAUCAUUGUGGAACUCGCUGGUGCGAGGAAUAUUGGUAGGUCGGUCAUUAAAGGGCUGAUUUGAUGAGCUAUUAAGGAUGGCUGACGCUCCGUCAGUCACAGAAAACACAAAGGAAGCGGAGAAACAAGAUGAUCCUAUGAAAAACUAUGAAUUUGAUGGGCAAACGUAUAUAUAUACUGAUAAGGCAACGAACAUUACGUACAGAUUUGAUCAAGAGAAUAAUAAAUGGAUAACAAAGGAAGAUGAUAAUCAGAGCCCCAAAAAUAAGGACAGCUCUGACGGAACAGAAAAGAAAGAUUCUGGGUCUGAAGCUGGUGCUUUUGGUUUUGAAAAUGAUACCCAUACGUAUACUGAUCCAAAUGAUGGCAGCGUAUACUUCUGGGACAAAGAAAAGAAUGCCUGGUUUCCAAAAGUUGAUGAGGAUUUUAUGGCCAAGUAUCAAAUGAGUUAUGGUUUUACGGAUAACAGCAUACCACAGUCAAAAUCGCCAGAAUCGAAAGAACCUCUACCUACUCAGAAAAGCAAAGAGGAAAAAGAGCAGAAGAGAGCAGAGGCUAAACGGAAAGCUCAGGAACCACCAACCUGGUUUGAGGUUGAUGAGGCACAUAAUACCGCUAUUUAUGUAUCCGGAUUACCUUUGGAUAUUACUAUAGAGGAGCUCACACAACUUUUUAACAAGUGUGGUCUCAUAGCGAGAGAUGAAAGGGGAAAGGAUAAGAUUAAGCUAUACAAAGAUGGCAAUGGGGAACCAAAGGGGGAUGCUCUCUGCACCUACAUCAAGGUUGAGUCUGUGGAUCUGGCGCUGAAAAUUUUAGACGGCUCGCAAAUCCGGGGAAAAACGUUGUCGGUUCAGAGAGCAAAGUUUCAGAUGAAGGGCGCAUAUGACCCCGCGUUGAAACCGAAGCGGAAAAAAAAGGACAAGGACCGACAGAAAAAAAUGCAAGAAAAAUUGUUCGAUUGGCGACCGGAGCGCAUGCGGGGCGAACCGCUGAAAUGCGAAAGGGUCGUCGUCAUAAAGAAUCUUUUUACACCGGAGGAUUUCGACAAAGAGGUCCAGCUGCUCUUGGAAUACCAGCAGGAUAUCAGAUCCGAGUGCCUGAAAUGCGGUGAUGUCAGAAAAGUUGUUAUCUAUGACAGACAUCCCGAAGGAGUAGCGCAAGUUACAUUCCGAGAACCGGCUGAGGCGCAAGCUUGCGUGCAGCUUCUAAACGGCCGUUGGUUCAGUCAGAGGAAGAUCUCGGCAGAGAUCUGGGACGGCAAGACCAAGUACAAAAUUACAGAGACUGAUGCGGAAAUUGAAGCGCGUUUAGAGAAAUGGGACAAAUAUUUGGAGCAGGAAGAUGAAGAAAAGGAAAAAAAGGAGCAAGGGACAAAGAGCAGUAACGAGGAACAAAAGACAUCACAAUGAGAAUGCAUCUUACGAUUGGUAGAAUUGUAAUUAUAUUUUGAGGAUUCUAUUUUCUUUUUUCCAAAAAUCCUCACCAUCGUAUUGCAUUUGAAUGUUAAGCUUUUCUUUUGGACGUUUUAAUGAGAGCACGGAUGAUUAAUCGAUCCUGUCACGCCGUGGUUGAGAUUAUAAGUGACUCGCAAUCUUCAUGGUUGAAUCAGCGCUACUGUUGUACUAGUGAUAUAUUGUUAGUCGUUGCAACAAUAAAGCUGUCUCUCCAA